GGGAGGAGACUACAAUACAGAAACAUUCUGAAACACCAUGUCUCGUUCAGACGAGGUCAACAAGAUGACAGAAAACGUGUAUAAGGGGAUUCUGGACCAGUUCAACCCCAGUCUGAAGAACUUUGUGACCAUGGGGAAACACUAUGAGAAAGCCCUGACAGGAGUGACGGUAGCAGCCAAGGGAUACUUCGAUGGUCUGGUCAAACUGGGAGAACUGGCCAGCGACAGCCAAGGGUCCAAAGAACUGGGAGACACAUUAUUCCAGAUGGCCGAGGUGCACAGGCAGAUCUGUGUCUGGGUCUGGAGGACGUGGUGA